AUGCACAAAGUUUAUUAUAUUUUAACAUUACUUUCUUUUUUUACUCGGAAAAAUUGUGAUACAGUAUUUAAACAUCAGUUUGAUUAUUUUUAUUUGUAUCGACAUGUAUUGAUCGUCAUUUCAGCUCCCGGUGAAGUCUCUGUUAAUGUUGAAGAUGAACGAUCAAAACCCACAAAGUUGUUCAUAUCUUGGUCAGCACCUAGGGUGGUUUAUUGCCCGAUAUUUCAGUACAGGAUAGAAUAUAAACUUACUCAACUUGAUCAAUGUCAGGACCAAGGUAAUGAAUUUGAAGUCAGUGUUGUGGAUAAUACAGAAAAAGAAUACACCUUAUCGGAACUUACACCAUUUAGCACUUAUGCGGUAGUUGUAUCAGCUGGAGUAGAUGGAAUCAAUGAUAACACAGUAUUCACUCCUGGUCUUGUUGGUUUUGGCAAUACAACAUUCACAGAUGCUACUGCACCACCACAAAACAUAAUUAACCACCAAAUAGAGGAUGCACGAUCACUGAAGUUCAUAUGGGAAGAAAUUCCUUGCGGUGACAGGAGAGGUCCUAUAGUAAAAUACAACUAUAUUCUGGAAAUGAAUUCCAGUAUUGUGAUACAAACUACUGUUGUUAAACCCAGUAAAGUGAUAAAAGACCUGAUUCCUUGUACCACAUACACAUUCAUAGUGAGUGGCAAAGGUCCUGGGGGCCAAGGUCCAUUCAGUGACGGUAUUGAAGCAAGAACAAAUGCAGAAGGUAGUAUUUCUUGUUUAUUUCUAAGGCCGGCCACUCACUGAGUUGUACGACCGUCGCACGACCAAUCCCUGUGAGCGCUAGAUGACGCGACGC